AUGGAUUUUACAAAUAGUGAAGAUGAAGAAGAAAAUUCGAUUUUAAAUUAUACAUAUUCAUUACUUGAUAUUAAAUGCGAGGUAAUUGAUUCAUCUAAUUGUCAGUAUAUAUUAGGAGCAAUAUCAUUCGAUGAACAAAUAACAUUUCCAAAAGUAUGUGGUUAUCGAUUAGAUCUACUUUCUUAUUUCACUUGUGAAUCCACAAAAUGGAACAAUUAUUUCUGA